AUUCCCUUCAAGCCACAUUUGGGGAGUUUGAAUCCCGGAUGAAAAUCUCUCAGCAGAAGCAAGAAGUUACUGAGAAGGCCGUUAAGGAAGGAGAGAGUGAAAUCAACCGCAUCAGUGAAGUGCUUCAGAAGCUGCAAAAUGAGAUCUUGAAGGACUUGUCUGAUGGCAUCCACAUGGUGAAGGACGCAAGGGAGCGAGACUUCACAUCCCUGGAAAACACAGUGGAAGAGAGACUAACGGAGCUGACCAAGUCAAUAAAUGAUAACAUCGCCGUAUUCACUGAAGUCCAGCAAAGGAGUCAGGAUGAAAUCAACACUAUGAAAGCAAAGGUUGAUUCUCUAGAAGAGACAGAUCUGUAUAAGCAUGAAAUAAAGGUGCUGAAAGAUGCUUUUGAUGAGAUGCAGACCUCCAUGAAAACCAAAGAAAAGGACAUAGAGGCCUUGAAAAGUACAAUAGACUCCAUGGAAUCUGAUGUGUAUACUGAAGUGAAAGAGUUAGUCAACCUCAAACAAGAACAUGAGAAAUUCAAAGAGGCAGCAGACACUGAGCACCUUUCAUUAAAAGCUUUACAAGAAAAAGUUCUUAGAGCUGAGGAUUCGAUUAUGCAGCUCCCUGGUGACAUUAAAAGGCUUGAUGAAGAUUUACUGCAAAUUAAAGCGGACCUCCACAAAUGGGAGGAAAAUGAGCUCUUCAGAAAAGCAUUAGAAGCUUUUGAAAAGAACGGCCAAGGACUAGAGUCUCGACUGAGUCGCAUGGAAGAGAGCCUGGAGUCUCUCACUUCUGUUGCUGCUCAACAUACUGAAAAGUUGCAGUCUUCCCUUUCUAAGGAAGCAGAAUAUGGAGAGAAGCUCAGAGCCUUAGAGCAAAGUGUUACCGCUCUUCAGGGAAUCUCGGAUAUGGACGUAGCCGCAGUUACAGACGUCCUGAGAAACCUUGGUGAAUCACAGACCUCACUGUACAAUGACGUGGAGACCUUGAGGAGGAGCAUCAGUGACCUGCCGUCCUCCGGUGCUCUUGAGGACGUCAAGAAACAAAUCAGUACCUUGCUGGAGCAAGGAGAUCUUCAGGCAGGCCAAGCACAUUCUCAAGGCUAUCUYGAAAAGUUUUCUUCUGUUGAAGGCUCUGUAGAUGAACUAAGAUCUUCUGUCAGCCAGGUUGAUUCUGAUUUGAAAAUGAUCAGGACUGCAGUGGAUAGUUUAGUCUCCUACUCGGUGAAAAUCGAAAAUAACGAGAACAACCUGGAGUCUGUGAAGAGCUCAAUAGAUGACUUGAGGAAUGAUCUGGAAAGGUUGUUUGUGAAAGUAGAAAAAAUACACGAGAAAGUGUAGGUAGCAGUGCUCCUUGUGCAAAUACUGGAUUAAAGAGAAUAGCUUUUGUAUGCCCAUUUUUUUACUCUCCUUAAAAGCCAUUUGAUACCUCCCAGGAGAAUAACCAUACUUUAAACAUAGAGACAGUUCUGCUUAUUUCCUUUAUUUCUCUUUUGUGUAUUUUUUUUCCCAAUUUGUUUUGUGAAAACAGGGGUUUAGCUGGGGCUUKAGUUUCUAAGGGCUCAUCUUCUCUGGAAGGCUGCACCGUGUAGCUGCUGUGCUGUAACUAGGGCACUGCAGCCUCACUAGCACAGGCACAUAUUUCCUGGCAUGAAGGUGUUUCACACGAUGACACUAGGUAUCCCACACAGGAGGGAUAGGGCUGUUUUGGUAUGAAAACCACCUUGCUGGACACACUCAUGAUUUGACUGGUGUGCUUGGAUUAAUAAAGAAAAAAAAAAAAAAAAAAUGAUAGCUAAAACCGUUAGAGCAGUGAACUUGAGCAUGGGGCAGGCCAGAAGUCCUAAGUCAGACCAUAAGGUCUACCACGUAUCAGCCGAGCUGAACUACGUUUGUGUGUGUCCUUAACCUGUGCCAAGGAACUAAGAGGCAAGGGCAUGGCAACCCGAGGGCAGCCUGAGGUAAGUGGCCUUGCUUGGGGCCCAGGCUGUGCCCAGGACACUUUCUGUGCCCAGCUGGCAUGUGGGGAGUUGCUGAGCAGUAGGAGCUGGUUUGGCAGCUGUUUUACAGGGGGAAGAAAGGAGCAAGCGUUGCCCUCAAGAGCGACGGAGAGCAGAGGCACAGAGCAGCGCUGCUCCGCGCCGGUGCUGAGAGCCGGAGCACUGCGUGUCUGCAGAGGCUGGUGGUUCCUCCCCAACGUCUCUCGCUGCUGCUGCAGGUCGGUGCUGAGAAGGGACAUCCGAGCUGAYGGAUGGGGUUAGUUUCAUCAGAGCACGGUAACAUUUUGCCGUGUUCUUGGGCUGUUCACGUGAUGCGGCUGCCUUUUUCCUGUAAAGUCCUAAAUCCMCAUCUAUGGUACAAGACUUUCUGUAGAAACCAUGACAAAUUUGAAAGAGGAGAGAGAAGAACUGAGGUCACAAGCCUGGUCUUCCUUGUACAGCAAGCACAGCAAUAAGCAUAACGCACUCCAGAACACUAAAGGGGGGGAAAUGGGGGUGAAAUCGGCAGAAUUGCUUCUAGGGAAUGUGCAUUUCUAAGUUCUUCCAUAGUCRACAAACACCUGGAUUACCGAUUCAGGACUUGAGGCCUGACCCUUUGUCACUGGUGUCUUCAGGUGUCUGCCUGGGACACUGGAAGUAAAGCAUCCCUCUUCUGACYGGUUGAGAAUAAGUGUCUGAUAGUCUAGAUGAUCAUUUCCAAACCACUUCCUCAUGGAGCUUUCUUGGUUUUGUGUCUUUUGCGGAAGGAUUUCUAAAAUCCCUCCUUUUAAGGUUUUGUAUUGAAUGUUAUCCAAAGAUUUGGGUAUCUGCAUACCCUCAAAAUACUUUGGAAAUAGUGGCCACUGAUGGCUUGUAGAGUGCAGCGUGACCACCUCAGCCUGGGCUAGCCGGAGCUUUGGCCACAUUAAAAAGGAAUUCCUAGAAACAGCAUCUCCAAAAGUGGUAAGUCUGGGAACAGCACAGGUCAAAACAAGUUCCCUUAACUAAGUAAGAUACUCAACCAUUCCCACUGUAAAUAGGAAAGAUUUGCUGACAUAGYAAGAGGGACCCAGGCAUUAGGAUAACUUGGUUGACACUGACCGAACUGCACURUUCUUUGUUGACUUCUCAAGUUUCUGAAUAAUGUUUAGGUUACUGUGAAAGGAACUGUAUGGCUUAUUUGCA